GGUCAGGUGUCAGACUAGGUUAAACUGAGAGUCUUUCAUACUUACCUUCAUUGUUUAUAAUCCUAAAAUAGGUAAAUAAGUAGCGUGAUUAGGAUUUUAAUAUACAAUCUUGAUUCAAACAGAGUUUCGAAGAUGUUACUCGGAAAACUGUUCUCCAAGACGCUUCUCAACGUGGUUUUAGCUUUAAUAUUUAUACUAUUUUUCUGUGAAUAUCUUAUAUAUUAUAUAGUACUUGUACAGUGUCAAUGGCCUGCUUUAAAUCCUCAAAAAGAAGACCUCGCUCUAUAUACAGACACAACAGAUAGGCCAGUCAAAGCAAUGUUUAUUGCAGAUACUCAUUUAUUAGGACCAAGAGAGGGACAUUGGUUUGAUAAAUUACGAAGGGAAUGGCAAAUGUACAGAGUAUUUCAAACUAUGAUGACGAUACACAGACCAGAGGUGGUUUUUGUGUUAGGUGAUGUCUUUGAUGAGGGACAAUGGUGCAGUUCCACAGAAUUUGAAAAUUAUAUACGAAGAUUUCAUUCUCUGUUUUAUGUACCAACGGACACACGACUCUAUGUCGUCGCUGGGAAUCAUGAUAUGGGAUUUCAUUAUGCAAUCACGCCGUAUCGUAAUCAGCGUUUCAUUAAUGGCUUGAAAAGUCCAAGCGUGCGGCGACUGAGUAUAAGGGACAAUCAUUUCGUGCUGAUCAAUAGUAUGGCGUUGGAAGGAGAUGGCUGUUUCCUGUGCCGACCAACUGAGAUCGCGGUGAAUAAAAUAGCCAAAGAUCUAAAAUGUGCGAGAAAGAUGAGCAAUGAUUGUCGCAAUUCGAGCGCAAUAUCCAGAUAUAGUAGGCCUAUAUUGUUGCAACAUUAUCCGAUGUAUCGAGAAUCGGACGAGAUCUGUAAUGAAUUGGAUCAGGCCCCCGAUGAGAUAAAGGCCAUAAAGUUUCGGGAGCGAUGGGAAUGUUUGUCGAAGGAAGCCUCGGAACAACUUUUAGAUAUCUUGAAUCCGCGACUGAUCGUCGCUGGGCACACCCAUCACGGCUGCAGAAGGAUACAUCGGGAUGAUGUUCUGGAAUUCACGAUCUCAUCCUUCAGCUGGCGCAAUAAAGUCAAUCCGUCCCUUCUGAUGGGUACUUUUAGUCCAAGCAAUUAUUCUGUUUCAAAGUGUUACAUGCCCGUGGAAUCCACUGUAAUCACUAUUUAUAAGAUUAGUCUCACAAGUGUCCUGAUAUAUUUUAUUAUAAAACUCAGACCGAGACGACAUACUUAUUCUCGUUUAAAGAUGCCUUGAGUAAUCUCUAUCGUGACAAGUUCAAUUGUGAUGUUAAAAUGCGAACGAGCAUUAAUUCUAUAUACAAUAUAAUUUUAGAAGGCUAUAAUUCUUGAAAUGAUAAAGACAAAUUUGUAUACACUUUUCGUACAUACUAUUAUCAUUUGCAUAUUAUUUACAUUAGUAAUUGUAUAGAAUACUUUGUGAUAUAUAUAUA